UCAUUUUAAUUGAAUCAUCUUUUACAGGUUGUACUUAUCUGCUUGGUCAUCGAGAUGCUGUGAUGCAAGUUCCCUACUUCAAGCUGAGUUCUCUAUGGUGAAUAAAGUCAUUUCGGACAACGUUUAUAGGUCUCAACACUGAAGUGGUGGAUAUAGUUCUACAGAUUACCUAUACGCCACCAAUCUACUGGCGCCCAUUGCGGCGAAGUGCUUGGAAUCUUAUUGGAGGGAGGUGAAAGGUCAGAUACCUUGAGCAAAGAUGGAGGAGGUAGACUACAAGAGGGUUGGGGAGAUCAUGUGGACGGACAAACCUUUUAGGCUCCGAGAACUACCGGCUUCCUUUGGAUUCCCGCUCCUCAUCAAGGUGACGAAGGGGUCGGACGACAUGGAACACAAGGAGAAGUUCUCGACAGGAGAGAUUCUACGGAUCGACGGAGAAGAGAGACAGAGGAGAGUUAUUGCGGCGGACUCGAAGGGCAGACACUGGAGUUUUCCUGUUCAUAUCGGGGCCAAAUUUGAUGUCAAAGGCAAGAAAGAUAGGCGCAAUUCGAUGUACAUGAGCGAGAUUGUGGAAGCGAAGAAGCUUCCCAAAAAGUUCUGUUUCGCUAAGAAGGAUGAAAUGCAGAUGAGGAUUACAGGAGAGGAGCAUUCCGGACCCUUGGUAGAGGGUGACUUCAAGACCAAGGAAGUGACGAAGGUCAGGAUCUUCAAGGCAAACAGGAUCAGUGACGGUGACAUCAAGCUCAAAGUUGUUUUUCUGCCCGCCUACAUGGAUGUCGAGGUUGUCAUAGCAACCAAAUUUGCUUGUGAACCGGAUGCAUAUUGGGAGGAGUACAUGGAUGCCAUGACGCGUGAUAUUAACAAGAAGGUCAACUUGAAUAUGUACAGGGGCAAAUCAGAUAUCCAAAUUUACGAGUUCUCUGAGAAGACCAAAAAGUCAAAGGCGAAAACAGAGUGUUUGUACGAGGAGCAACCACCGACCAAGAUCGUCUCCGUCGGGAGCAUCAUCAAACAAAGACCAUCCAGUACCAAAAGAAGGACACCGACAAGGACGCCCUCUACGUCAUCAGAUGGACGAUAUCCAAAUAUGAGGCCGUUUGGCGCUCCGAAAUCUGAGCCAGAGCCAGAGGAACCGCAACGAGCAGUAGCGGAUAUCUUGAACGAUCUACGGGACAAAGAUGAAUCUGAGAUGACGGAAGAAGAGAUUCGCGUUGCCAAGCACCGCAGGAUGUUGCUUGCCAUGUUCGCUGAGGAGGAGGAAGAGGAAAAGGAGAGGAGACGAUCAGGAGCGUCUUGCGAGGUUGAUGAGGUUGACGGGGAUGCCAAUGAUGAUGAUCAGAAUGAUAAUAAUGAGGACGAUGAUGCCGACGAUGCCGACGAUGACGAGGAUGAUGAUAAUGACAGUAAUGACGACGAUGACGACGAUGACGACAACGAUGAGUCAGUGGACACGAGAGGAGAAGGAGAUAGGGAUGUCCUAGAUGAAGUCCAGCGGCCCCGAUCACCUGGUGAUGGAUCAACCAUCUCAGCCGAGUCGGAAAGCAACGGAUCCGUCUGUGUCGAUGUUUCUCCUGCAGAAUCAAAGCCUCCUAUACCCGCCCCUCGUACCCAUGGUUUAAGUCACAAUCAAAGCCCCUCAUCACCAAACCUGCAACCUCCGGUCCAGCAGGUCGAUAAACCCAUCACAAAAUCCCCACCACAAAAUCCGCUUAAACCUCCGCUUAAACCAAAGCCAGCUGUCCCCUCGCAUAAGCCCUCUCUCAAGCCGCCAGUAGUCCCACACGGUUCGACCGAACACAGUCAAGCUCGGGUGGUCAAUUCGUCCGAUCACACCCGCUUUGCGAAUAUCCAAGACAUUCCUGCUAACCUCAGUGGCCUGACUAUCGAUGACAUGUGUAAGGCCUUGGAAUUCUUAUGCCUUGAUAAAUACGAAGCUCAGAUCCGAGACAACAAGAUAGAUGGCGAGAUGGCCUUGGAACUUUCUGAAGACACGCUCAAAUCAGACCUAGGUCUCAAUGGCCUCGAAGCAAAGAAACUCUAUAACUUCAUCCAUCACAAUUGGAGACCAGUUUGA